UUUAGUCAACCUAUGUGGCAACCCCACAUUAUAAUCAAACAUGGCGCGCGUACACACAGUUACUAAAAUUUUACAUUUUUCAUUUUAUUUUGCGAUUAUAUUAUGUUGUUUUACAAAUAAUGCGAGUGCUAACCGAGAAUUAGAUGAAGACAAUUGGCGAGAAAUCCUUGAAGGAGAAUGGCUGGUCGAAUUCUACGCGCCGUGGUGCCCCGCGUGCAAUGCGCUGGCGCCGGCGUGGCGCGAGCUGUCGUCCCGCGCGGCGCGCAAGUCGCUCGCGAUGAAGACGGCGGCCGUGGACGUCACCAAGUCGCCCGGACUCAGCGGCAGAUUCGUCGUCACCGCGCUGCCUACUAUAUUCCACGUGAAAUCCGGUGAGUUCCGCCAGUAUAAAGGCCCGCGUGACGUGGACUCGAUGCUGAGCUACGUGGAGCAGGAGAAGUGGAAGCAGGCGGAACCGGUGCCGAGCUGGAAGGCGCCUCAUUCGCUGCAGAUGAGCCUCGUGGCUGAGUUCUUCAAGCUAAGCCAGGCGCUCAGGAGCGUACACAACAUGCUGAUGGAGACAUACGGGCUGCCGACAUGGGGCUCGUACCUUAUAUUCGCCAUUGCCACGAUAUUCAUUGGAGCUGUGCUUGGAUUGAUUCUUGUGUGCAUCAUCGACCUGCUGUACCCGCCGCGCCGCUCGGAGAAGGUCCUCGUCACUCAGGCCGACCUCGACCGACGAGCCAAGGGAGAUCAGGAGAAGAAGAGUGAUGAUGAUCAGGAAUUGAUAAACGAUGACAUCGUGGAUGAGGAAGACAACGCUAACAGCGACGCGGAGAAGAACUCGCCCAGUGACACAUCGGAAGACGAGAAAGAGAAGCCGGCGGAGGGCGGUGGCGAUUCGAAGCCCGGCGAGGGCAAACAGAACACAGAGGUCCGCAAGCGCAGGCCCAGGAAGGCUGACUGAAAUCACACACCGAUGUAGUGACACACAGCUUACACUAACGCUGCAAUACACCAUAGACAAACUUAUCUAUGAAAAUCCUAGCGUAUUCUAAACAUUUUAAACGUAACUGUAGUAAAAUAUCAACGGUGUUGCAAAUUGAGGCCACACUUUUUUGUAACAUUAUAAAGAUAGGCGUUUGCUUACACUAAUAUUCGCUACAUCAAUAAAAAUAUAACUACAAUUUGUAUUUUUUUCGAAUGGCGUUAAUACCGCUUGGUUGACGACAUAGGACGCUAUUAGACGCACUGCAAUGGUGUUGAUACAUGCAUGGACUAUAAAUGCGUGUAGGCUGCAAUGGGCGGUAAAAUCCUUUCUAUUUGAUUGCAAUCAUGCAGUUAUUACUGCAGUCCUCACUGCAGAUGUGCACUUGAAUGCAGAUCUUACAAAGCGGAGUUCAGAUUAUUUCAUGCAAUUGAGUAACACUCAUGCAUAUUAUUUCAUGUAAUUGAGUAACCUUCUUGCAGUUGAGUAAUACUCAUACAUAUAACUUCAUGCAAUUGAGUAAUGUUCAUGCAAUUGAGUAACACUCAAACAAAUAACUUCAUGUAAUUAAGUAUCACUCAUGCAUGUUUCCCGCCCCCUAAGCAGUGCGUCUACAGCAUCUGCAUUAUGAAUGUGCUAAUAUUAAAACUGAUAUGCUAUACAAUGUUUAGUAACAAAUAGUUUAGAUGGCGGCGUAUUUUUUUUUUACAAAUACAUAGGAUUACUUUGACAUUGUCAAUUUUGUCUCGUAUGUUAUUUUGGUAAGUUAAUAUAAUUUACAUGUUAAUUCAUUAAUAAUUCUGAGAACGCUUUGUGAGCGAAUAUACUAUAAUAUGGACAUUUAUAAAUAAAAUUAAAUAUCGAAAAUAAGGGAUACAAAUUGGUAUAUUCCGAGGCGUAUAAAAUUGGUAUUUAUUGAAUAAUCCAAAUAUCCUUCCAUAGUUAUAUGUACACGCGUUUCGACAUUCGCGUUUUGAUCAAACUUCAUCUAAAUACUUUAUUUUAAAUGGUUUUCGCUUAAAGGCGCGAUUAUGUUAAAAUCGACUUUUCGGGUGCUCUGCAAAAAUUCAACCCAAUGAGGGUAAUUUAUGCCACCAGGUGGCGCUAUAUAAAAAAAACAUUCUGAAUCACCGACACUCCUAGCGACAUCUGUUGAGCCUUAUUUGCCCGCGUUUAGUGAUAAACACCUCAAUAGAGUAUUUGCAGUGACUUAUGAGCUCAAAUAAAGUGCAUUUCUUGCUUUAACAUAUUGUGUAAAGUUGUGACUAACAUUUCCUUAAGAUUUAGUAAAUAAAGUAAUGCUCGAUUGAGGACAAAUUUUCGUAAUGCUGUCUUAAUCUUACGUCUAUCACAUUUAAAGCCAAUAUAGUAAGUGCUUCAAAGAGAUAAACUUAUUAUAAAAUAAUUUAAUUCAUAGAAAUGUUAAAAGUAUGGGCAUUCUUGCUAAGACAAUAGAAUAGUAAUAUCAACCCUUUACUAUAUACUAUCCUAAUGCUAGCUACAGACCUACAAUUGAUUUGGGUUAGGCCUUUUGUCCAACACGCUGAGGCAUACCAGACGUUCCCCUGAAAAGAAAUAUUAAUACCCAAUAAAGGAUUUGUAGAUAUUUUUGGAUAACAUUCUGUAUCAUGGAGGAAAUAAGUCACAAACUUUUAAAUUUUGUCGUAUUAUAAUUGCAUUUACACACACGCGCGCACACACGAGUGUAUCAUUGUUACGCACCAAAACUAGUGUAAUUUUUAUUAAUUUAGGCUUAAUUACUAAAUGUAUGUGUUGUUGAUUAAAGUAUUAUUUUUCUUAUUAAAAACAAGAUAGGAUUUGGGUCAUAGAUAAAAAUCUCAUUUUGCCUUAAGACAAGUCCUUUACACUUUGGUUUCUAUUUUUUUACGUUUUUUUAGGAUGCAUUAUAAAACAAUUUGUAUGAAAAAUUUUACUUUGACAUUCAAUAUAUUUGUUUGUGCAUUAAAACAUCGUAAAAAGACACUUCAAAAAUACAGAAAUUAAUAUAUAGAAACGACUACCACGCUCAUGUGACUUCGAACUAAACUUAUAUUUAUUUUUACAGAAAUUAUAAGAACAUGCAAUGGUGCGAAGUGGUUGCGAAUCAUUUUAACGAAAGAUCGCUUGUUUUUUUUAUAUAAUUUACAUACAUUCCUCAAAUAUAUCGAUUCGAAAGCUCAAUGACUUUUUCUAAUGCAUUUUAGUUUUCGUUACGUACUUACGAGAUUAUAUAUUUGUAUAGCAAUACUCAAACUUCGCUUAUAUGUAUUGUAUAUAUGUAAGGUAUUUUUAUCGAUAUUGCACCCGUACUUAUCGAUAUAUUCACCUCCCUAGUUGACUAUUCGAUAGUGUAUAUUUAGAUAGAACAUUUGAUCGAUAAAUCCCCGUUGCAUCUACAUAUGGGAGAUCUGAUUUGAAAACAUCUUAAUAUAUGUAAAGUGCAAUAUCCAUAGGUACUUUAUAAUUUUCCGUUUACUUAGGUCAUUAUAUUUCGUAUAUAUUAAAAUUGGACGUUGUAGUAGAUGGUUGUGGACAGAUUGGAAUCAAUAAAACAAACUUAUAUAAUAACAAUUUAAGACAUCACUAAUUAGAAGCAAUGAUUGCUAUUGUUUUGUUGGUUUCGGUCUGUCGGCGGAGCGUAAGGUGUUACAAAUUUGCCUUGUACAAAGACUAAGAUUGUUUAAGUGUUGCGUUAAAACUAUUGACCUAGUGACUUGCUGAAUAAAUUGUAUUUGUAGAA